AUGAAUUUAUUACGUGGGCUUCAAUCAAAUGAACCUGCAGAUUUCAAAAAUUAUUUGCGUAUGGAAAAUCAUACAUUUUAUGAGUUGUUGGACCUAGUUAGACCUCUAAUAGAAAAACAGAAUACAAUGAUGCGAGAAAGUAUUUCUGCAGAAGAGCGGCUUAUAGCUACAUUGCGGUUUUUGGCCACUGGAAGGAGUUUUGAAGACCUAAAAUUGUCAUGUGCUAUAUCUGCCCAAGCUAUAGGAAAAAUCAUUCCAGAGACUUGCCGUGCAAUAUAA